AUGACACUUGAGUAUCAAAGCGAGGGCGUUUGGCUUGGAACUCAGGUGGUCGGUUUUUGUGCUCAAUUCAUCGACAUGAUGAAAUUUGCUGCCUUUCUCACAAAACUGUCCAAUAUUGCCGGUUAUCAGCAGUUGAUUGUAUCAAAUGGCAAUGCAUCCCCAAAAAUGGAACAGGAUCCCGACGUUUUCGAGCAAGAAGAGUUUGAAGACGAUUCUGAAAGUGAUGAAUCGGAUGAAAACAUCUCAAUGUUGCCUCGAUUCAGCGUCUUGCAAGACUACACUGCAGUGACUGUGACUCAACGAUAUAUCGAGCUCGUUGUCGAUGAACAAACACAUCGUUUUGCACAUCGACCUGGUGAUCAACGCCGUGAAUUCGGACGACGUGGAUUGGGUAGAACUCUUCCAAAGGGCAAAUGUUUCAAUUGCCUCGUCCCAGGCGUGGUGCUACAGGGCUUGCCACCCGGAAAUCAACAAUACGGUUUCGCUUCCGGAAGUCGGUUCGAGGUAAAUGAAGUCGAUUUGUUCAUCGAGAAGCCGAUUUUCUACAGGCGCUACAGAAUGCAAAUUGUACUGAAAUUUAGUCAAACUAUUCGUAGCUUUUUCGUUCUGAUCAUGCCAGUGAAUUGCUUACAAUAUAUAUCUCGAGAACAUCUCGAGCAGUACGUCGACAAAAGCGUUUCACCGUGCGACAAUUUUUUCGCUCAUGUAUGCCCAACGAAUAUCAGAGAAGAAGACACUCCACUUGGGCGAAUCAAUGGAAACUCGAAGAGAUUGAUGGAUCUUUUAAAUACAUUGAUCCCGAUAUCUGAGCUUGAGGAUGAAACGAACAUAGACUUUGUUCGAAACUUGAGACAACAUCUUGCAUUGAUGAUCUAUUUAAAUGUUGAAAGUUUUGUGGAAAAGUCCACGGGAAGAACUCGAGAGAAUAGC